AUGCCGGUAGACACCUUUUCGCUCGCCGGGAAGUCUGCCAUCAUCACUGGUAGCGGUCGAGAAAACGGAAUUGGAGCCGCUAUUGCUAGGACAUUAGCACGUAAUGGUGCCUCUGUGGUGAUCAAUUAUGUGUCCGAUAGCACGAGGCCACGGGCAGAAGCAACGGCCCAAUCUAUCCGUGACGAGUUUGGUGUGAAGGUGGCGUUGAUCCAAGCCGACAUCUCAACUCCGGAAGGCGCCCAGGGACUUGUCAGUGAGACGUUAGAAAAGCUAGGGGUGGAUCAUAUCGAUAUACUCGUCAACAAUGCGGGGGGUGGACCGGUUCAGUCUAUCAGAGACACCAGUCUCGAAACCCUCCAAAAGGAGUUCGCGACCAACGUGUUUGGGACAGUGUUUAUGACCCAAGCAGUUGUAGAGCUGGGAAAGAUGCCACGCGGAGGCCGAAUAAUCAAUAUAGGCAGCAUAGCCCCAAAGAUGAAUCCGCCUCUGCUAGCUGUUUAUGCCGCAACAAAGGGGGCUCAGAAUAGUCUUACUGUAACGUGGGCCGCUGAGCUUGGCCGUGGCCACGGCAUAACGGUCAAUACGAUAGCUCCUGGUCCCGUCACUACCGAUAUCAACAAAGAUUGCCCAGAGGUGAUGAUACCUAUGGCGGAACAACAGCGGGGAGACAGUCGCUUUGGCGUGCCGCAGGAUAUUGCUGAUGCGGUGCUCUUAAUCGUAUCGGAAAAGAGUCAUUGGAUAACAGCGCAAGUUAUUCAUGUGGAUUCUGGGGUGGUAGUCGGGGGUUGA